AAUCGCACACAGCUAUCGAUGCGCAUGUCUGCAAGUGGCCGUGACGCUGAACUGCUCGACAGUUUGACUUGUAAUGCCUGCUAGUUGAUUUCCCGCGAAACGCACACAGUUUCUCACGCUGGAGCGAGUGGUUUAACUACAGAUAACAUCUCACCAUGGGAAUUCACGGACUGGCCAAGCUGAUCGCUGACCAUGCCCCCGGUGCCAUCAAAGAUCAGGACAUCAAAAACUACUUUGGCAGGAAAAUUGCUAUCGAUGCCUCCAUGUGCAUCUACCAGUUUCUGAUUGCUGUGCGACAGGAUGGGAACGUCCUGCAGAAUGAAGAUGGAGAGACUACAAGCCACCUAAUGGGAAUGUUUUACCGCACAAUCCGCAUGUUGGAGAAUGGGAUCAAGCCGGUGUAUGUGUUUGAUGGGAAACCUCCACAGCUCAAGUCUUCAGAGCUCGAGAAGAGAGGGGAGAGGAGAGCAGAAGCUGAGAAACUGCUUGCUAAAGCUCAGGAAAUGGGUGAACAGGAGAAUAUUGAUAAAUUUUCCAAGAGACUCGUUAAAGUCACCAAGCAGCACAACGAUGAGUGCAAGAAGCUGUUGACCUUGAUGGGAGUUCCUUUUAUUGAGGCCCCGUGUGAGGCUGAGGCCAGCUGUGCUGCUCUGGUUAAAGGAGGGAAGGUCUUCGCUACGGCAACAGAGGACAUGGACGGACUGACCUUUGGGACAAAUGUCCUGCUCAGACACCUCACUGCCAGUGAAGCAAAGAAACUUCCUGUCCAAGAGUUCCACUAUAAUCGCAUCCUGCAGGACAUCGGUCUGACCAAUGAGCAGUUCAUAGACCUUUGUAUUCUGCUGGGUUGUGACUACUGCGGCACCAUCAAGGGAAUCGGCCCCAAGAGAGCCAUCGACCUGAUCCGACAACACGGCUCCAUCGAAGAGAUCCUGGAAAACAUCGACUCCGACAAGCAUCCCGCUCCAGAGGACUGGUUGUAUAAAGAAGCCAGGAACUUGUUCUUGAAGCCAGAGGUGGUGGACUCCUCCACAGUGGACCUGAAGUGGAGGGAGCCUGAGGAGGAGGCUCUGAUCCAGUUCAUGUGCGAUGAGAAACAAUUCAGUGAAGACAGGAUCCGUAACGGCUGUAAGAAGAUUGUGAAGAGCAGAAAGGGCAGUACACAGGGAAGACUGGACUCUUUCUUCUCUGUCGCUGGAUCCUUGUCCUCCAAAAGGAAGGAACCGGAGACCAAAGGACCUGCAAAGAAAAAGCUGAAAACUGGAGCAACUCCUGGCAAGUUUAGGAAGGGCAAAUAGACUGAACACAGACCACUGUUGAUGUUACUGUCAUGUAAAACAACAAUGAAAAUUAUAACUUCACUUUUUCCUGAAGGAAAGUUCUGCACAGAAGGAGGUUUUGUUAAAUGAUUAUUUUAGUUUUUUAUGACCAACUACAAUCCAAGCUAGCUGUAUUUAAAGGAUGCUUUCAACCACAUAAAUAAAGUCUUAUUUUGUAGAGAAA